AGAGCGGUUUGUGCACGUCGGCGAGAGACGUGGAGAGCAGCAGAGAACACAGUCCGUCCAACUGUUCUCGACGCGAAUCGUCGUCGUCUCUGGUGCGCUUCUGUGGCGACGAUAUUUCCAGAGUGGUCCCGUCGAUCCUGCGGCAAAGUUAAGCAGGUUCGAUCGUUUUUUGUUCCUUGAUACUUACGCCAGGUGUAAUUCCGUGUGCGCACGCGAUUUCUUCACUCUCGUCUCCCGAUCAAAAAAAAAAAAAAAAAAAUCGCUCGCAGUGACAUUUACGCUCGGGAUCGCGCCGCGCGUUUAGUUAAGUCGCUUUCGGUAACCGGAUACCCGGGGUGACUAGUCGUCGAGGAACUACGAGAAUUUCGUAUGUGCCGCACAGCAACGGCCAGGGCGCUCUCGUGCUGUCUGUUCGUGAACGACGAGAUGUGCUGCCGAGGACGUUGUUUUUGACACAGGAAAGAGAAGGACGACGGCGAAGAGCGAACGCGAGAAUAGAGAGAAAUGUAUGGGCGUGCCGAAUCCAACAAAUUUAAGUGAUAUCAAUCGGCAAAGAUGACACGACGACGACGACCGGCCCGCAUCGCGUCGUUCUGCGCCAUCGUUUGGACACUUUGGCUCGUGUCACCCGUUCAAACCGGUCACAUCUACGCGAACAGUAAACAGAGAUACGACGGAUUCUACAACAAUUUGGCUCAUUCCGAUUGGGGAGCGAUCGACAGCAGACUAAUACGAAAAAUUCCGGCUGCGUAUUCCGACGGCGUGUACACGAUGGCCGGCCACGACAGGCCGUCCCCUCGGAAGCUCAGCGAUCUCUUCAUGCAGGGCGAUGAUGGUCUGCCUUCUGUGAAAAAUCGCACCGCGUUAUUUGCCUUUUUCGGACAAUUGGUCACGUCUGAGAUAAUCAUGGCCAGCGAAAGCGGUUGUCCCAUAGAGUUUCAUCGAAUAGACGUGGACAAAUGUGAUCCGGUUUUCGAUAAGGAGUGCCAAGGUAACAAGUACAUUCCGUUUCUUCGAGCGGAUUACGACCGGCAAACAGGGCGCAGUCCAAACAGUCCCCGGGAACAGAUAAAUAAAGUGACGAGUUGGAUCGACGGCAGCUUUGUUUAUUCGAGUAGCGAAGCAUGGGCUAAUACAAUGCGCGCAUUCAGAAACGGUAGUCUUCUCAUGGAAGAGACCCGACGGUUUCCUGUAAGGAACACGAUGCGCGCGCCGCUUUUCAAUCACGCGGUGCCGCACGUGAUGCGACUGCUCAGCCCGGAACGUUUAUAUCUGCUCGGCGAUCCAAGAACGAAUCAACACCCGCCAUUGUUGGCGCUGGGUAUCUUGUUCUACAGAUACCACAAUGUCAUAGCCGCUCGCGUGCAAAAACGCCAUCCCGAAAUGUCCGACGAAGAGAUUUUUCAGAAGGCACGCCGAGUGGUCAUCGGAACAAUUCAGAACAUAAUCCUCUACGAAUAUCUGCCGGCGUUCUUAAACGAGGAUCUGCCGGUGUACUCUGGCUACAAACCAGAUUUACAUCCGGGUAUUAGUCACAUAUUCCAGAGCGCCGCGUUUCGUUUCGGUCAUACGCUCAUACCGCCCGGCAUAUAUCGGCGAGACGAAAAUUGCAAAUACAGGAAAACCAACACGGGCCAGCCGGCUAUCAGAUUGUGUUCUACAUGGUGGGACUCGAACGAGGUUUUGGCCAACAGCACGAUUGAAGAGCUGAUCAUGGGCAUGGCGUCGCAGGUGGCGGAGAAAGAGGACAAUCUUCUCGGCACCGACAUACGCAACAAUCUGUUCGGCCCGAUGGAGUUUUCGCGCCGAGAUCUCGGCGCCCUGAACAUCAUGCGAGGUCGCGACAACGGUCUCUCCGAUUACAACACGGCCCGAGCGUAUUUCAAGUUGGACCGGCGGAAGACGUGGAACGAAAUCAAUCCCGAACUGUUUAACAAGAACCCGUCGCUGCUGCGCACUCUCAUCGAGAUCUACUCGAACAAUCUCAACAACGUCGACGUGUACGUCGGCGGCAUGCUCGAGUCCAAAGGUGGACCCGGCGAGCUCUUCACCGCCGUUAUCAAAGAGCAAUUUCUCCGUUUACGGGAUUCCGACAGGUUCUGGUUCGAGAACGAGGAGAACGGCAUUUUCACGAAAAACGAAAUAGAGGAGAUACGUCGCAUCACCCUCUGGGACGUGAUCACCAACGCGACCGACAUCUCAUCCGACGCGAUACAGAAACGAGUGUUCGUCUGGCAGGACGGCGAUCCGUGUCCUCAGCCGUUCCAGUUGAAUUCCACGAUACUCGAACCCUGUGUCCCUUUGCAACGUUAUGAUUACUUUGAGGGUAGCGAACUUGUCUACAUAUACGCCUGUGUGUUUCUUGGAUUCGUUCCGAUUCUCUGCGCCGGUGCAGGCUACGGAUUGGUAAAACUACAGAACAGACGACGACGAAGGUUGAAGAUACUCCAAGAGGCGAUUCAGAAACGAAACGACGGCCGAAUCUGCGUCGACAAAAUGGUCGUGCGUGAGUGGUUGCACGCGAACCAUCGUCGUCUUGUAAAAGUGAAGUUCGGACCGGAAGCGGCGUUGCACAUCGUCGAUCGAAAGGGGGAGAAACUGCGAACGUUCGACUUUAGCAACGUUAACACUAUAACUAUAGAAGAAUCGCAGGAGAGCGAAACCGGACAUCACAAGGCCCUAGUGCUGUUACGUAUACCGCGCGAUUACGACCUUGUCCUUGAACUCGAUACGCUGGCGUCGCGGAGAAAGUUUAUUGCGAAAUUGGAGGCGUUUCUGGCGUCGCAAAAAAAGCAUUUCACACUCACGCAAAUUGCACGAGAUAUUAUGUUGGCGAAAGCGGAAACCAAAGAGCGCCGACAAAAGAAACUCGAACAGUUCUUCAGAGAAGCUUACGCCUUGACUUUCGGUUUACGACCUGGUGAACGGAGACGGCGAUCCGAGGACAGCGACACCGGUGAAGUCGUUACGGUGAUGCGCACGUCGCUUUCCAAGAGCGAGUUCGCGAGCGCUCUCGGUAUGCGACCGGACGCGGUCUUCGUUAAAAAAAUGUUCAACAUCGUCGACAAAGACGGCGACGGCCGGAUCUCAUUUCAGGAAUUCUUGGACACAGUCUUGUUGUUUUCGCGAGGCAAGACGGAAGACAAAUUGCGUAUCAUUUUUGAUAUGUGCGAUAAGGACAGCAACGGUGUGAUCGACAAAGAGGAAUUGUCGGAGAUGCUUAGAUCACUGGUGGAAAUAGCGCGCACUACGAGUCUUUCGGACGAUCAUGUAACGGAACUGAUCGACGGCAUGUUUCAAGAUGCCGGGCUCGAGAGAAAGGAUUAUCUCACUUACAACGACUUCAAAUUAAUGAUGAAAGAAUACAAAGGAGACUUCGUGGCGAUCGGUCUCGACUGCAAGGGCGCGAAGCAGAACUUCCUCGACACGUCGACGAACGUCGCACGCAUGACCAGCUUUCAUCUCGACCAGCUGCCGGCGGAGGACUCGAAAAGUUGGUCGCGCAAACAGUGGGACGCUAUAUCGACGUUUCUCGAGGAAAACAGACAGAACAUAUUCUAUCUCUUUGUGUUUUACGUGGUCACCACGGCUCUCUUCGUCGAGAGAUUUAUCCAUUAUUCCUUCAUGGCGGAACACACGGAUCUGAGACACAUAAUGGGCGUGGGGAUCGCCAUAACCAGAGGCUCGGCUGCCGCCUUGUCCUUUUGCUACAGCCUUCUGCUGCUAACGAUGUCGCGCAAUUUGCUGACCAAGCUGAAGGAGUUCUCGAUACAGCAAUACAUUCCUCUGGACUCGCACAUUCAGUUUCACAAGAUAGCCGCGUGCACGGCACUUUUUUUCUCUGUGCUGCACACGGUCGGUCACAUAGUCAACUUCUAUCACGUUUCCACGCAGCCGGUCGCGCAUCUUCGCUGUCUCACCAGUGAAAUCAGCUUUCCCAGCGACGCGCGACCCACUAUUUCCUUUUGGCUAUUCAGAACGGUAACCGGUUUGACCGGUAUUCUGCUCUUCGUCGUCAUGACAAUAAUUUUUGUCUUCGCGCAUCCGACCAUACGGCAAAAAGCUUACAAGUUCUUCUGGUCGACGCACAGUCUUUAUGUGCUUCUGUACGCUUUGUGUCUGAUCCACGGUUUGGCCCGUUUGACGGGCGCCCCGCGUUUUUGGAUAUUCUUUAUUGGACCGGCGAUUAUUUACGCACUGGACAAAGUCGUUAGUUUGCGGACCAAGUACAUGGCCUUGGACAUCAUCGAGACGGAGUUACUACCUUCGGAUGUACUAAAGAUUAAAUUCUACAGACCGCCGAAUCUGAAGUACUUAUCCGGUCAGUGGGUGCGUCUCGCUUGCACCGCCUUCAGAUCGAACGAGUUUCACUCGUUCACACUGACCUCGGCACCUCACGAGAACUUCCUCUCGUGCCACAUAAAAGCUCAGGGACCAUGGACGUGGAAGCUUCGAAAUUAUUUCGAUCCGUGCAAUUACAAUCCUGAAGACGAGUAUCCGAAAGUUCGCAUAGAGGGCCCGUUUGGUGGUGGGAAUCAAGAUUGGUAUAAGUUCGAGGUCGCCGUGAUGGUCGGCGGUGGCAUUGGAGUUACUCCUUACGCCUCGAUGCUCAACGAUCUUGUAUUCGGAACGUCGACCAACAGAUAUUCGGGAGUUGCUUGUAAAAAAGUUUAUUUUCUAUGGAUCUGUCCGUCGCACAAGCACUUCGAGUGGUUUAUCGACGUUCUCAGAGACGUCGAGAGAAAAGACGUCACGGACGUGCUUGAGAUACACAUAUUCAUCACGCAGUUCUUCCAUAAAUUCGAUUUGCGCACCACCAUGCUGUACAUAUGUGAGAAUCACUUUCAGAGGCUGUCGAAGAAGAGUAUAUUCACCGGGCUCAAAGCCAUAAAUCACUUCGGUCGACCGGACAUGACAUCGUUCCUGAAAUUUGUUCAGAAGAAACACAGCUACGUAAGCAAAAUAGGAGUAUUUAGUUGCGGACCGCGACCGCUGACGAAGAGCGUCAUGUCGGCCUGCGACGAAGUCAACAAAACUCGGCGUUUGCCGUACUUCAUUCAUCACUUCGAAAACUUUGGCUAGUCGAGUACUUCGGCUCCUGUUUCUUCGGAGCUGAUUAUAGUUGACAAUAUUUCAUAGUGAACUUGCUGCGAGUGUACAUAUAUAUAUUUACGCGCUAAGAGCGCGUUUUUUAUUUAUGAAUUUAUCGCGAGAAUUAAAUUUCUUAUUUAUGACGAAGAAAAUAAGAUCGUUUCUCUCUCUUCUCUCUUUUAUUUUCCUAAUUCCAGUGUACAAUUCGCAUUAUUAUUAACUUAUUAUAAGUCGUAAAAAUCUACGUCCUCAUAUUUGUAGUUGUAAAUAAACGUUUUAGAACAUUUGUAAAUAAUUUAUAUCUUCGAGGAUUUUUUUAUCUUUUACAAAAAAGUAUUAGAGUCGAUACGAGCCUACACGCUGGAUGUCUGUGCAAAUAUAAAUAUAUUUUUUUUAACUUUCCCUAAACGUGUAAAUUAAUACACAUAGAAAUUCAA